UGGGGGCGCUGCUCUUCCGGUCCGGUCUCUCUCUCUCCCUCCCUCGCGUCGCCCACCACAGAGCACACGAGUCGACGCGCCCCGACAGCUCAGCUCUUUCGUCCCGUCUCGCCUCGCCUCGCCUCUCCCCCCUCCCAGUCCCUCCGGCGCGCGAGCUAGAUCGAUCGCCCCGGACCCUAGAUCCCGAUGGCCUCGCGCCGCCGCACCCUCCUCAAGGUCAUCAUCCUCGGCGACAGCGGGGUUGGGAAGACUUCCUUGAUGAACCAAUAUGUGAACAAGAAGUUCAGCAACCAGUACAAGGCCACGAUUGGCGCCGAUUUCCUCACCAAGGAGGUGCAGUUCGAGGACAGGCUCUUCACUCUGCAAAUAUGGGAUACUGCCGGUCAGGAGAGGUUUCAAAGUCUUGGUGUUGCAUUCUACCGUGGAGCGGAUUGUUGUGUUCUAGUUUACGAUGUUAACUCCAUGAAAUCAUUUGAUAAUCUGAACAACUGGCGUGAAGAGUUUCUAAUUCAGGCUAGCCCAUCAGAUCCUGAUAACUUCCCUUUUGUUCUGCUGGGUAACAAAGUUGAUGUAGAUGGUGGGAACAGUCGCGUGGUCUCUGAGAAAAAGGCGAAGGCAUGGUGUGCCUCUAAAGGGAACAUCCCAUACUUUGAGACUUCUGCCAAGGAUGGAAUCAACGUGGAGGAGGCUUUCCAGUGUAUAGUAAAGAACGCUCUGAAGAAUGAGCCAGAGGAAGAAUUGUAUAUGCCGGACACUGUGGACGUGGUGGGCGGCAACCGGGGUCAAGGAUCGUCAGGAUGCUGUUAGAACAUGAGGGCCCACAACUGUGGGCUAUCCUUUGACAUUACUGUAUUUCCAUGGCGACUUAUGGACCUGUAUUUCAUUCGUGACCUUCUUCAAUCACCUCGUAAGUGCCCAGGGAAUGAUUGAUGCGUCUGUUCCGAUCUGUCAAUUUGUGGACGUUUGUGUAGUUUUAUCAUUAUCAUCAGUAGCGUCAUAUCUUGUGAAUACAGUCAGCGGAAUAAGUGAAGUGUAAACUACAGUUGCUUCGUUAUGGUUUUGUGUGAAAGAAGCUUAAAUUUGGUCU